UCCCGGAAGCGGCUCGGGGAAGCUGCGGAGCGCGCGCCGCUGCAGGAAGCGCCGCCCGGUCCGCUCGGGUCGGGUCCGGCUGGGCCAUGGAUUUGUUACCCGAGCCCGCGCCCCGCUGUCUUCUGCUUUUCCCCUUGUUGCUGCUGCUGCUGCUGCAACUGCCGGCCCCGGAGCUGGGCCCGAGCCAAGCCAGGGCCGAGGAGACCGACUGGGUUCGACUGCCCAGCAAAUGCGAAGUGUGUAAAUAUGUUGCUGUGGAGCUGAAGUCAGCCUUUGAGGAAACCAGUAAGACCAAGGAGGUGAUUGACACGGGCUAUGGCAUCCUGGACCGGAAGGCCUCUGGAGUCAAAUAUACCAAGUCGGACUUACGGUUAAUUGAAGUCACUGAGACCAUUUGCAAGAGGCUCCUGGACUACAGCCUGCACAAGGAGAGGACCGGCAGCAACCGGUUUGCCAAGGGCAUGUCAGAGACUUUUGAGACACUGCACAACCUGGUACACAAAGGGGUCAAAGUGGUGAUGGACAUCCCCUAUGAGCUGUGGAAUGAGACUUCUGCUGAGGUGGCUGACCUCAAGAAACAGUGCGAUGUGCUGGUGGAAGAGUUUGAGGAGGUGAUCGAGGACUGGUACAGGAACCACCAGGAAGAGGACCUGACUGAAUUCCUCUGCGCCAACCAUGUGCUGAAGGGAAAAGAUACGAGUUGCCUGAAAGAGCGGUGGUCUGGCAAGAAGGGGGACACAGCUGCCCUAGGAGGGAAAAAGUCCAAGAAGAAGAGCAGCAGGGCCAAGGCCUCAGGCAGCAGGAGCGGCAGCAGCAAGCAGAGGAAGGAGUUGGGAGGCCUUGAGGGAGACCCCAGCCCCGAGGAAGAGGAGGGCAUCCAGAAGGCAUCCCCUCUCCCGCACAGCGCCCCUGAUGAGCUUUGAGCUUCACCCAGCAUACCAGAUCUGAAGUCCCAAACCUCAAAGCUGAAGAGUCUGGGGCACGGCUCCAGCAGGCAAGAUGACUCUCCUCCUGGCUUCAGCUCUUCCUGCCUCAGCUGUGCCCUUUUCCUGCCAAGGAAAGACAACAAGCCCUGAGAAGAACUCCAAGCAGCCUUGGUUAGCCCAUGCCAGCUUUUUCCCUCUGCCAUGAAUUCCUCUUCUGACAUGGGCUUCAGGCAGGUUUCAAGACUUCGAGGACUCCAGUGUGUACUUAGGAGGGCAGGUGUCAGAACUGGGCACCAGGACUAGAGUCCCUCCAGUCCCUGUGAGGAGGGUGCAGCCACCUCUACUCUCAUUUCUUCCCCCACAGGAAGUAAAACUGCAACCCCCAGAGCUCCCCUCCCUGCACCCCCUCCCAUGGACACCCUGAGCUCUCCUUCCCACAGAAGAGGUUCACAGAGUAAAAACCUUUUGGCCUUUUG